AUGGAUGACAGCGGCCGCCUGACGCACAUCUGGUGGCAAACGAGAGAGCAGGGAAAUUUUCACAAGGGAAACUCCGUCAGGGACAUCUAUGGGACUAGCCCUCACCUCGUCCGUGACCUCGGGUCGCCGGCGGUGGACUUCACGUUGCACGACCUGGAUGGUAACCGAUGGAAUCUUGGCGAGGUUUUGGCAGCAGGAGAGGGGAAGCCGGUAGUCCUGAUUUUUGGGAUGUGGACAUGCCCAGCGUACCAGGGACUUGACGUUAUCGAGGGAUCAGGCAACACAUGGUCCUAUUGGGAUGAGCAUACUCUGGUAGAACAGUACGGGGACAAAGCCAUCUUUGUCCACAUCUACGGGCCAGAGCCGCAUCCUAAGCCCCCGGACCUCAACUUCGAUGCGGGCACUUUUUCGCCGAAUUUUUGGAGCGUUCACCGGCAGCCGGUCAUUUAUGACGUCCGAGUUGAAAAGGCGAAGAAAAUUCGCAGCAUCACUCAUCCGGAUGAGGUUGUCCUUCCAGACUACCUCACGGGCAACCCUUACAGCUCGCUCAACCAACCAGUUUGGUGCACUUACGCCAACGGGGCCCGCCCGUCCGUCAUGGUAUCCUCUAGCGGAUCAGUAUUUUACCAGCAGGAGUGGUUGAGCACCGAAGGGCUGGGAAACGCCAUCGACGGCUACUGGGAACAGGACGGAGCCGGGACUUGGGACGACGGCGAGGGAGUCCCACCGAUUUUGAAUCCCAGGGCCCAGCCGGGCAGAAAGAAACCCAACGCUAGGAAAGCCAGCGGACCAAACCGCCCCUGAAGAAACGCUGUUUCUAGCACCAGAGUUUCGACGAGAGGGAGUGCGGGCGGGAGGUUGUGAUGUGAGGAUCCUGUCUUGUCUUCUGCCCCGCGAACGCGCUGAAGAGGGUUGACUCUGUGGGGUGCGGAUCAUUCCUGAGCUCUAAUUGGAUGAUGGGAAGCGCUGUGACGACGGGAUGCGUUUACGUCCUGUCGUAGUCACGAGAUCAUGUGUUCAACACUUCGAUGGCGCCGUAGCCUUCACUUUGGUUUCGAAUCACAACCUCUGCUAGGUCCAUUUUUACUGCUGUAGCACGGGUCCGUUGCUUCUGACAUGUCCAGAGGAUUGUAGAAAUGUGGAAAGGCGCUGCUUCACCAAGCCGUCCUUUGUGAGUCCGAUCGGUGAGAGAGACGAGGUUGAUAUCGUAGAAGAAAUCGGUGAUAUAGUCAUUGUUUUUUGUUUUGCGGUCUCUCCCGUUUUGUUGAUGCUCCUGCGGCCUGGCCUACACCCACCGCGUUUGAUGAUGCGGGUUCGAUUCCGUCUGUGGUUGGUUAUAAAGUGCCCUGCUCAUGCAGGGCUGCGUCCAAUCCGAGGUCCGCUUUCCUUGAUCCUUUGAACGGAUUAGAAUUUGGUGUGUGACGAUGUGACCAUUUGUACAUGACAACAUUUCCGAACAAAAGCUGCCGCCGACGCGGCCUCCUGGAGUUAUGUUGUUUCCGGCUGUUUCGUAACACUUGGUUUUGGCG